GUAUUAGUAAAAUUGAUCGGCGUAGUAUAGGAUCUGGUCGGAGUCGCGGUUGGUCGCGAUCGAAUCGAGUUGUUGGAACGACGAGAGUGCCGAGUCUGCGGGAGUGCUCGACUCGUGCUCGGUUCCUCUGGCAAACGCGAAUAGUGGGGAUAAGUGGAUACGCGUACGAGUCUGGCGAAGGGAGAAGCAACAAAGUCGGAUCUCGAGUAAGAGGCAGACGGAGUUUACGAACGGCUCAUCGAAUCCCGAUGUAAACCAAGAGACGGCAUUUCGAACUCGCUCGUUCUCGCACGAGGGCGGUUUUUUCUCGUUUCACGAUCAUCGAGGCUUCGCGAUCGGUGAUCACGAAUCGCGCUGCUCGACAUUGCAUCUCGUAACGCGGUCGUCGUUCGGUCCUAACGAGUGCCUCUGUGAAAUUCUCGAUAGCCAUGCCGUUCUUCAAGAAACUGAGAAGAUUUUCAAGACACAAGAAACUGUGCGAGGAAUGGGCUUUAGCGAGCAGUCGCGAAUGCGUGGAAGGCGGAGUUUCCUCGAGUGGCGGGACGCAAGAAGAAUCCGAGGAUGCGUCGGAAGCAAGGUUCACUCUCAAAUAUUUGGGCAGCACCCUCGUCGAGACGCCCUCGAGCGAAGAGGCCACGGCGGAAGCCAUCAAGACCGUUAUUACGAUGGCAAAGGCGAGCGGAAAGAAGUUACAAAGAGUUUCUUUGGCAGUGAGUUUGAAGGGUAUCAGAAUGACGGACCUAGCCACGGAAGAAGAUCAGCUUCAGGUGUCUAUAUACAGAAUUUCGUACUGUUCGGCCGACGCGACCCACGAUCACGUGUUCGCGUUUAUCGCGACAAAUUUGAACGAAACGAUGGAAUGCCACGCGUUUCUCUGUCCUAAAAGAAAAAUGGCGCAAACGGUGACGCUGACGGUGGCCCAAGCCUUUAACACGGCUUACGAGGCUUGGCAGCUGUCCCAGGCCGAUCCUAGGAUUCAUCACGCUCAAGACAAGAGUCCUCCGUUAACCGACGACCGAAACGGAGAUAACGAGAAGAAGAAAAAGAAGAAGAAAGAAGAAGAGGGAAAAUCUAGCGGCAAAGAGAAGGAACAAACUGGAGACAACGUUAAACGGUAUACCGGCAACGAUGUACAGAAGAAUCUGUUAAUCGAUUUAUCGAACGAAGCGAAACCGGCUGGAAAUUCAUGGGUCUGCUUCGAGGAGGAAGACGGCAAGAAAGCGCAGAGGAAGAGCAGUGCCACCAACAUCCCUAUGACGACUCUUAGGCACGGCGCGACUUCGACUUCGCAUCACGUUGUACCGAGGCCGACGACAGGCUUCAAAAUUCAGAACGCUUGGGGAGAAUCGAGAUCGUUCGACCUGAUGUGCUCGUAGCAGGCGUAGCCCACGGCCGAUAGUUUCCGAGACGUGCCAUUAAUCACCGGUCUCUGGAAGCACUUGUCGAACAACGGCCAACCGAACAAGAUCAACCAUUAGACUAAUUAUUAUCGCCGAACCUUCGUACGUGCUCUAUCGAUGAUCAAUCGAAUCCUUGAUUGUUUUCGUUUACGAGAAAACGCGGUGCUAGUCGAUCGUUUCCGUACUCGUGGAUUAUUCCUGCCACACUUUCUCACGACGCAUCGCGAUCACGAUAUUACCUCUCCGAGUGUAAGCGGCACCAGGAAAAAUGCUACUUAUCCGUCAGCAACGAGAGACUAUUACCGCCUUUUCUCGACGAAACGUCAAGAUUCGUCGACGACAGAGAACGCGGUUCGACGUACGGUGCGAGACGUCGAGCGGUGCUCGAGAAAACGGGAGAAACGCGGGAAAAAGAUAAACUUUCGGUUCACGGCUAAGAAGUGGGAACAAUUUUUAAUAACGUUUUGUAUAACGCGUGUAUCCGUGCCAAUUCUUUUACACACAUAUCGUACACGUAUCGCGUAUCGUGUAACUUGGCUCGCAGGCGCACGAUCGCGCAAGCUUCUUACCGUUCUCGACGAUAUACGGAGGAUGUUUUUCCUUUUCGAACGAUUACGCUGAAAAUGUCGGAUAUACUUAGAGAAUGGUAGUCGAAUCGUUUGCGACGAACGACGAAAGAAACUCAAAGUACUUUAUCAUACCUUAUCGAAUUUUAUUCCUUCUCGAAUAGCUGGGCUAUUUUUCGUUCAACUUUCAAAUAGCAUAGAUCUACGAUUAAACGAUAACGUUUAACGCUACAGGAUGUACCGAGCGUAUUUUUCGGCUUAGAUCGUUUCUUACAUAAUCGUCGAAGAAACGCUACCGACGCGAUUUACUUUGUUCUUAGAACUAUAAGAAACUAGAUAUACGAUCGAUUUCUUUCAAUAUAUUCAUCGGUAGAUAAUGUCCGUGCAAAAUGGGCUUUAUCUAAUUAACGAAAUAGCGUGAUUUCGUGUUAGAAAAAUCUGUCGACGUGUACGCUGUGAAUAUGUAUUACGCUGCGAAUACCCGUGGAAAUCGUCUAAUUUAAACGUUGCGAUUCGUAAUACGAUCGCGUUAUGCUUAAUCGCGCGUACGAUUACGAAUUUGAAACAUCGUUGUAUCGUGUAUUUUUAAAUCGUUGCUGUUGUGUUCGAAACUCGUCGAACAAACUGUCCUCUCGUUUUCACGAAUCUUGGUACUUACGCGUUCGCGUAUCUUUAUCUUUCGUUCCUCCGUUCGAGGAAGAGAUUUGCAUAGGAAAUUCCCUUCUUCGACGAACGAACAAACACCAGAAUGUUUUAAUCGGUGCUUCGUUGACGAAGAUUAACGAUAAUUUUCUAUGGUCCAUGAUACGAUUACAAUUUCGACGAACAUAACUCACAAUCGGUGUUAGAAUAUAAGAAGUACACGUGAAAUACACAUAUACAUAUCCAUACCA